AUGAGUGCUGUCCUCAACCAAGGUGCUGAAGAACACUCCGCAGCAUUCUGCUACCAAAUGAAUGGAUCUUGUCCUAGGACAGUCCAUCCUCUGGGCAUCCGGUUGGCCAUCUACCUGGCAGGCGCAGUAGGCAUGUUGAUUACAGUCCUAGGAAAUUUGUUUGUGGUGUUUGCUGUGUCCUACUUCAAAGUGCUUCACACUCCCACUAACUUCUUGCUGCUUUCCUUGGCCCUGGCUGACAUGUUUCUGGGUCUGUUGGUGCUGCCUCUCAGUACCAUUCGCUCAGUGGAGAGCUGCUGGUUCCUUGGAGACUUCCUCUGCCGCCUGCAUACCUACCUGGAUACCCUCUUCUGCCUCACCUCCAUCUUCCAUCUCUGUUUCAUUUCCAUUGACCGCCACUGUGCUGUCUGUGAGCCCUUGGUCUAUCCCUCCAAGUUCACAGUCAGGGUGGCCAUCAGGUACAUCCUGGCAGGGUGGGGGAUUCCAGCAGCUUACACUGCCUUCUUCCUCUACACAGAUGUGGUCGAUGAUGGGCUCAGUCAGUGGCUGGAAGAGAUGCCUUGUGUGGGCAGUUGCCAGCUGCUAUUCAAUAAGUUUUGGGGCUGGUUAAAUUUUCCCAUGUUCUUCUUCCCCUGCCUUAUCAUGAUCAGCUUAUAUGUGAAGAUUUUUGUGGUUGCCAUUAGGCAGGCUCAGCAGAUCAGCACCUUGAGCAAAAACCUGGCCAGGACUGCCAAGCGUGAAAGAAAAGCUGCCAAGACCCUUGGCAUUGCUGUGGGCAUAUACCUCUUGUGCUGGCUUCCCUUCACCAUUGACACGCUGGUGGACAGCCUCCUUAACUUCAUCACACCGCCACUGGUCUUUGACAUCUUUAUUUGGUUUGCUUACUUCAACUCAGCCUGCAACCCUAUCAUCUAUGUCUUUUCCUACCGGUGGUUCAGAAAAGCACUGAAACUCUGCCUGAGUCGAGAGAUCUUCUCACCUCGGACACCCACUAUCGAUUUGUACCAAGAAUGA